UGUCGUCUGUGAUUUUAAUUUAACCUGUCUCAAAAGUUAUGUGUUUUUUAAAAUUCCAAUAAAAAACAAUAUAUUUUAAGUUAAUUGUUUUAUUGUAACAUAUGUGUAAAAUCUUACACGCUUGUUCACUUUGAAAGCUGCGCUAUAAUUUCGCUGCUUUAAUAUGAAAUCCAAUAAACGAACACAUGACUUUAGAGCUCUGGAACUAAAAAUCAGCGAACAGUCCAUUUCGCCUCAUACAAUUUAUUUUAAAGAGCAUUCUGUUAGAGAACACUCCAGUGACAAACCAUCUGGUAGAACAUUGUUUAUAGUUAACGUGCCUCCCUAUGCAGAUGAAAAAGGUCUGAAAAAUGCAUUUUCUGAAGCUGGAACAGUAAAUUCUGUAAUUUUCGCCACAAAACCCAAUGCAGAGAUACAAUCUGAAAAGUUCACAAAAGAAACUUGUAAACUUUCUUUUAAAGUAUGUUAUUUGGUAUUCAAAAAGGUAUCUGAGUUAAACAAAGCUCUUGAGUUAACAGAAUUACGUCCUAUGAAUUCAAAUGGCCAUGAGAUUAUUGUGGGGAUGAAGAAGUGGAUCCAGGAGCACAAUGCUGCUGUAGAACUGCCUCAAGUUCUGAAGGAGAGAAUUGAAACAUUCAUGAAAACACAUGAUAACAAGACCCAGUCUGAACAAAAACAAGAGAAACAACUUGAGCAACAGGAUGAUGAAGGAUGGAUAACAGUAACCAAGGGAGGAAAAGUACAAAGCUUUGCUCGUACAGAAAAAGUAGAGAGUAAAAUCAUGGCUAAAGAAGAGUCUAAGAAAAAGAGGAAAGAAUUGAAAAACUUCUACACCUUUCAAAUCAGGGAGACCAAGAUGAAACACAUAGUUUCACUCAGACAAAAGUUUGAAGAGGACAAAAAGAAGAUAGUGCAAAUAAAACAAAGUCGUAGAUUUAAGCCAUUUUAAAUAUAUUAUUAAACAUAUUUUCAUAAAUAUAAUAAGUCUUUGAAUACAGAAAUUGUUUUUAUACAUACUAUAA